UAAACAAAACGAAAUUUCUUUCCAGGAAAGAAGAGAGAGAGAGGGCGAGUGAUGUGUAAAGGUGGAGGGAGGGAGAGAGAGAUGAACAUUUAUUCUUCUGUUGGUGACAGUGUGUUGGAGAAUCAAGGGGUGUGGUAUAUAAGACAAGAACCUUGUGAAGAAGGUGGUCAGUUUUGUUCCCUGAGUCCAGAAGCAAGGAAGCAACAGUCUUGCUGCAACCAGAAGCUAGUUCAAACUAGUGGAAGGUUGUGGGCGCUUCCAGUGCUUUGUAAAGCCACCCCAAGAAAGCAAAAACCAUCGUUGCCCUACCACAAAGUUCGCAGCGUUCGUCGACGAGAGGAGUCUGUUGAUUUAUCCAAGUGUUGUUUAAAGUAGAUCUCCUUUUUCGGUGAACAUGGCUCGUGGAAAAGUUCAGAUGAAGCGGAUCGAGAACCCGGUGCACCGGCAGGUCACCUUCUGCAAGCGCCGCGCGGGGCUCCUCAAAAAGGCCAAGGAGCUCUCCGUUCUCUGUGACGCUGACAUCGGCCUCUUCAUUUUCUCCCCCCACGGCAAGCUCUAUGAGCUGGCCACCAAAGGAACCAUGAAGGGGCUGAUCGAGAGGUACAUGAAGACCACCCAAAGCCAAGCUGCUCUGACCGAGGAAGCCACACCGAGCCAACCACUGGAUGCCAAAGAAGAGAUUAACAUAUUGAAGCAAGAGAUUGAAGCACUUCGAAAGGGUCUCGGGUACAUGUUUGGAGGAGGAGCUGGUAAUAUGACACUGGACGAGCUAGAUGUUCUUGAGAAACAACUCGAGACUUGGAUUUAUCACACUCGCUCAACAAAGAUGGAUAUCAUGUUUCAAGAGAUCCAGCUGUUGAGGAACAAGGAAGGGAUACUGAAAGCUGCAAAUCAGUAUCUUCAGGAAAAGAUAGAAGAGAACACCGCCAUUACUAACACUGCGCCAAUGACCACUAACUAUACUUACCCACUAACUAUACAGAAUGAAUUAUUUCAAGAUCUGCUAUUGGUUUAGCAGCUCCUCUAGUGGAGUGGCACUAGCGUUUCUAGCAGUGAAAAGAAGCGUCUGACCGUGCUUGCCCUAAGUGUUUUUGAGCAAAUAAGUAUUGUUCAAGUGCUGUGUAAGUCCUUGAAUUGGCUACUACUCUUUUGUUGGGUCCUUGUCGCCUGGCUUGUAUGGGACAAUUUGUAUUGUACUAUUGGUAAUGGGUUUGUGCUCUUGGUACUUUUGAAUCCUCCGCUACAUUAUCAGUUCUCUGCAUCAUAGCGAGAGGGGAUCGGAUGCAUCCAAAUCGCGAGACUGGACAUGCAAUCUGCUUUGAGUAAGGCAUUCUACCAUCGAAGAGGAUGGACACCCUUGUCUUGGUUGGGUUUGGUAAGGUCAGGAAUGCAGCUGCUUUUCGAAGACCUAGUUGAGUCAGUGAUACUUUCAUGUUAUUGUCAUAAUAAUGCUUUUGAUUUCUCCUUGACCCAUCUUAAGUAUGCGUCGAAUUUUGAACUGGUUUCGGACCGAUCAUCUGUUAUAUCCGUCAAUAAAUAGUGGGGAUGUGAUAUGUAUAAAUAAGGUUUCUAUAAAUGCGAGAGCUUAAGGGUCCUA